AUGUUGAACACUGAAGAGAAGCCAAAUCACACAGAGUUAUUUACCAGAAGGCUGAUGAAAGUGAGAAGAAAGCUUGAUCGGGAAGCAAAGAUGCUGGUCCUCAAACCAACAGAGGAAGAAGAACAGUCUGUGAAACAGAAGGAAGAUGACAACGCAAAACAUCCAGAAUCAUCAGUCAAAACAGUCAAAGAAGAUAAGCAGGUGAAAAUAGAACUCGAGUUAUCGAGUGAUGAUGAGAAAUGA